GAAAAAAGAGAAGAAACAAAAAACAAAAACCAAAAAGAAGAAAACCCUAAACAAGGACGAACAAGGAACGGAGACGGAGAAAUAAAAAACCAGAACAAGAGUAGGUGGAGGAGGACAUAAGAAAACGUCCUUUGGCAGAUCGUAAUCGCAGCUAUCUUUUAGGAAAGGAUUUAGAACAUUCUGAGCUAUCACCGAGAGCUUGCAGGGCAGGGGGGGGGUUUCGCUGGCGGUUAUUUGCUUGCAAAGAAAUGGAUCCUGGUCGCUAUAGUCUCCAGCAAGGAUGGGAUAAUAACAGCGCUCUGGAGGGGUAUGGUGGAGUCCAUGAGCCAAACUACCGGGCUGGUGGUUCAUAUGAUGAGAGGAGGUUUCAUGAUGAAAGGUAUACCAGAGACAAUGUCUACCCAAGAAAUGCUUUUCAUCGGGACAUUCUAGAGAGGGAUAGCUAUCCGCCACCUCCUGCUGUUGGUCUUUGGUCUCAAUCAAGAAGGAGAAGUUAUGAAGAAGACUAUCCACUUGAUAGAGAGUCAAGAAGAACUGAAAAACCAUAUGUGGAUUCCUACCAUGAUAUGGAUACUUUCCGUGAUCGUGAUAUUGAUUCAUAUCAGGAUCUCGAUAAGUUUCAUGAUGGCUAUCACAAUAUGGAUACCUAUCGUGGCCAUGGGUUUGACCGAACUGCUAGGUUUGGUGGGCGUGAUCGUGAUGAUUAUGCAUAUGAUGAUUAUGAUUAUAGGCCCCGUGUUUCCAGUCAAAAUAGGGAGGACAGCCGUGAGAGGGAUUAUGAAUAUGGCCGACAUAGUUAUGAUUCAGACUAUGAGAGAGGUAGCAAAAGAGAGGGGAAUUGGAGGAGGCGUGAAUCCCGUGAUCGAGAACGUGAUAAGAGAGGUUUGAGUCGCGAUAGAGAUCAGAGUCCACAAAGACGGCAUGAACGAUCUCACUCUCGUGGACAUGAUGACCGCCCUAGAUCAAGGUCCCCUCGAGGUCGAAGUCAUGGUCGAAGUCAACGAGAAGACAGCUAUGAUGAUGGUCGAAAUGAGAGAAUUGAAAGGCGGAGAGACCGUGAUGAGAAGCGACGAGGGACUUUCACAGUGGCGCCAUCUGCAACUGUUGUUGUGAAAGGUCUCUCUCAAAAGACUACUGAGGAAGACCUUUAUCAGAUACUUGCUGAAUGGGGACCACUUCGCCAUGUCCGUGUUAUCAAAGAAAGGAAUUCUGGCAUCUCUCGUGGAUUUGCUUUUAUUGAUUUUCCUUCUGUGGAUUCAGCUAGUGCUAUGAUGGAUAAAAUUGGAGAUGAUGGUCUUGUUGUAGAUGGCAGGAAACUUUUCUUUGAGUAUAGUAGUAAGCCAACCGGGGGGGCAGGUGGACCUUUUGGUCAAGAUGCUUUGAGAUCAGGGCAUGUUAACCACAGAAGCAUAACUGUGCCAUCUGAUUGGAUGUGUACCAUCUGUGGUUGUGUCAACUUUGCUCGGCGGACAUCCUGCUUUCAGUGUAAUGAGCCAAGAACUGAAGAUUCACCACCAGCAGAUAUAGCCAUGUCAAAUGCAACUUCUUUAGGGAAGAAAGGAUUUGAGGCAGGUCCUACCCAUGUUUUGGUUGUUCGUGGAUUGGAUGAAAAUGCUGAUGAGGAGAUGCUUCGUUACGAGUUCUCUAAACAUGCUCCAAUUAAGGAUCUUCGUCUUGUUAGAGACAAGUUUACUCAUGUUUCAAGGGGAUUUGCAUUUGUUCAUUUCCAUUCGGUUGAAGAUGCUACUAAAGCUCUUGAAGCAACUAAUGGAACAACGCUUGAGAAGAAUGGACAGGUCUUAAGAGUAGCAUAUGCAAAAAGCAUCCUGGGUCCAGGGUCUGGGACAUCUGGAACUUCACAGUCAAGCAGUCUAGCUGCUGCUGCAAUUGAGGCAGCAGCAUUUGCCCAACAGUAUGAUGCUGUUGGAUGGGCACCAAAGGAAUAUAAUCCGGAUGACAAAUCUACCAGUGGGCAGGAGCAAACUGGUGGGGAGGCUGCUGUUCAAAAAGAUGGUUCCGCUCCACAAUCUGGAUUUGUAUGGGACGAAGCAUCCGGUUAUUACUAUGAUGCUGCUUCUGGGUUCUACUAUGAUGGAAAUACAGGUCUUUACUAUGAUGGUAACAGUGGGAUUUGGUAUUCAUAUGACCACCAAACUCAGCAGUAUAUCCACUGUGCAGAUCAAAAUGACAGUAAAACAGCUGAUAAGCAGUCUGAGCAUUCAAAGCCAUCAGAUAAUUCCAAUAAUAGAAAAGUAGUAAUCUCUGCACCGGCUGCUACCAUUACAUCUGUAGAGAAGGCUGCCUCAUUACAUGAUGCAGUCCAGGCUGCUGCUACAGCAGCAUUGGCUGCAGAGAAGAAAGAAAAGGAGAAGUCAAAAGAGAUAAAACUUGCUUCAAAAAGCAGUAUUUUGGCUAGCAAGAAAAAAAUGAACAAUGUUCUAACAAUGUGGAAGCAGAGGAGCCAUGAAGGGCAAGCAACUCGUGUUGCUGUUGAUGACAACCAGCCAUCUGGCUCAGCAGAUGAUAAAUCUUUUUCAGUUGGACAAUCUGCAAAGAGCAAAUUCAAAUCUGAUCCAGUGACCACAAAGGUGAGUGCUCUCUCUAGUACAGUUGGCACAACCUCCCUAGCUGCCCAGGCUGGUUUGGAGUCUCCGGUGAAGUCAAGACCUGUAAGUAAUAGCUCAGGAGGGACUCUGAUGGGUGUCAUAAGGGGCUCUGGACGAGGGGUUGUGAAAUCUGAUACUUCAUAUUCAGGAUCAUCUAGUGGAGUUUCUACUUCCAGCCCUGUUGCUGGUUGGUCAACGGCUUUGUCAACAAAUAUGGAUACAUCUGCCAUUGCUGCCCCCUUCAGGACUGAUGCAUCAGCAUUGGGAUCUUAUGUGCCACCUGUAUCUACUGGGAGUGGCAAAAGGAGGUUUUCUGAGAUGCCGCUGCCUGCUUCUACUCAUAAGGACCAAUCUCAGUCAACUUAUAGAGAUCGUGCUGCUGAAAGAAGGAGCUUGUAUGGUUCAUCAUCUUCUAUUGGAGAUGAUCUGCCUGAUAUUGCUUUCGGGGAUUCAAAUCGAGAUUUGCCGUUCAAAAAGGGUUCCUUGGAUUCAAUGCCAUUCCCCCCUGGUGUUGGUGGAGGACGUGGGGCUGGAGAUGUGAACAUCAAUUCUCAGAGUUACGAGGUGAUUACAGCAGACAAGGCUAUUGAUGAGAGCAAUGUGGGCAAUCGAAUGCUCCGCAGUAUGGGCUGGCAUGAAGGCUUGGGAUUGGGAAAGGAUGGAAGUGGAAUGACGGAACCAGUCCAAGCACAAGCCACUGAACAUCGAGCUGGACUUGGGAGUCAGCAGAAGAAAUUGGAUCCUAGCCUGGAGGUGCAGGCUGGGGAUAGUUACAAAACUCUCAUUCAUAAGAAGGCCCUUGCUAGGUUUCGAGAAAUGUCUGGUACGCCGUAAGAUGCUAAUGAAAUGAUCAGAUUACUUGUUUUAUGGGGCAAACGAGUCGAUCAAGGUAGAAAUUAUGCUAUUGUGCAUUAAAAAAUAAUGUGCAGCUUUAGGUGAUUCAAUACCCAUUUAUAUUCUAACUGAAUUUCUUUUUGUAAGAGCCUCUAGGCUUUGUAGAUUUGUAAAAAAUUCAUAUUUGUAAAAGAUUUUGGGAAUUUUUGUCAAA